AUGGGCGAAUUCAGCGUCGAAAUCAGCCGCUUGUUCCCGCGCAUCAUCGACACGAAGCUGCUGUUGCGGGAGACCGUCGACCCCAACGUGGUCGACGAAAGCCUCGAGGAGGUAUUUUUGGUUCUGCAGCGCCAAGCGUAUCCUUUCGUCGAACCUGCAGCCGACGGUUGGGGUUUUACGCAACACGGCGACAGGAAAGGGUUCGCGCACCACGCCGGCUAUGACAGCUUCAUGACCGCCGUAGUCUUUCUGAAGCUGUGCUGCAAGCGGUGUCGCGUGAUGAGGCGCGCCCUGGGCGCCAGAGACCGCGGAGUGCCCAACGCAAUGGACCCGGCCGAUAUCCUCCAAAACAAAUCGUGGCUCAGCAUCGUUGACGGCCAGCUUUCCGCCAUGGACAAGUACCUUAGUGGCGACGAGAUACGUAUCCCCGAAUUCGACGGGGAGUUCUUCCGGUCUGUGAGGAACAAGGUGCGCAUGUCCACCGCGGGCGUCCUCUUCCUCAGCACCUACCGGCCCACCAUCACCGCGCCCAAGAAGAGCAGUGCCGGAGGACGCGGAAGUCAUGACGACAACGACGACGUUUUCGCUGUGAAGACGCAUAAGUGCGAGACCAAUGACAAGCCCACCACGGACGUGGCGGCGCACCAGAUGUGGGCGGUGCUCAAGACCGACUUGAGCCGCUUCAUGUCGAGCCUCUACGACUUUGACAGGGAGUUCGAGCGUCCCGGCGCGCUGGAGAAGUUCCACGCCAUGGUGGAUGCGCUCGAUGAGGAUUUGGAGCAGACGCGAGGCAAGAUUGGAAGCUACCUCGUGGGGGCCAGGGGCAUGGGUAACAGCAAGUGA